UAAUUAGUCACCUACAGUCACAAGCAGCCGUACACACUACAGCUUUCUACAGGGAGCAGAGAGCACAAAGCUACAGCCACAAAAGUGUUUGUGAAGACAUACAGCUAAAGGAAAACUAUGACGAGGGUCAGUCGUCAAACUCUGAUAACAUGUCUGCUGUUAUUCUGUGCAGUAACAAAACAGAUAGUAACCUCCACAGCACCACCUUCAACUUCUGCAAGCCUUAACGAGACAUCAACAGCAGGUGUCACUGAAAACACCAGCACCACUGACCUCACCCAAAGCACCAACACAGCCAUUACUCCCACAAGCACCACCACCCAAACAUACAGCACCACUGACCUCGCCCAAAGCACCAGCACAGCCAUUACUCCCACGAGCGCCACCCAAACAAACAGCACCACUGACCUCGCCCAAAGCACCAGCACAGCCAUUACUCCCACAAACGCCACCCAAACAAACAGCACAACUGACAUCGCCCAAAGCACCAGCACAGCCAUUACUCCCACAAACGCCACCCAAACAAACAGCACCACCGACAUCGCCCAAAGCACCAGCACAGCCAUUACUCCCACGAGCGCUACCCAAACAUACAGCACCACCGACAUUGCCCAAAGCACCAACACAACGAUCACCUUAAGCACUUUAAAUGCAAGUAUUCAAACAAUCCCAGAAACUACUACCACUCCUGGAUUCACCACCCCUCCAAGAGCCACCACGAAGGGUACCACUGUGGGGCAAGAUGAACACAAGCCCAAAGGUCUAAGCUCAGGAAGUAUUGCAGCCAUCGUUUCUUUAUUCAUUGUAUUGGUUCUCGUUGUGUUGGGAGGGCUCUACUACUACAAGAUCAGACGGACAAACUACGGUCGUCUCCUGGACAGCCAAGAUUACGGCAUGACAGGAAACUUCAACAACCCAAUGUAUGACCCCUAUGAUGCUUGACCUCUGAUCCCAGAGAAAUCCAAAGUCCUGCAGGCAGAGCCAGUCUGAUCAGAAUGUGCUAACAGUAUGUGAAUGAUGACUUCAUGAUGGUCAGAUUUUUCAAGUGUUAGCUAGACAUCGAGCCAGUCACGCCACUGCUCGAAUGCACUGAAUUUCUCGAACUGCUAUUGUAUUUCCAGUGUGACAAAAAAGUAUUUAUUUCAAAUAAUAGCAGCUACUAGCAUUUUCUCAGGUACCUUUUCAAAGAGCUUUAGCUUCAUGAACUCUCAUAUAUGAUCACAUUUCUAAGAGUGGAAAGUCCCAGGUUAUCUAGUGUGUUUGUACAGGUGUUAUGACUUUUCUCAGUGAAGAUCAGCUCCAGUGUAACAUUACAAGAGACACUGAAAAAACACGGACGGUAGCAAAUAAUAAAGAGCCAGCAGAGAAACCUUUCCAAUAUGCCAAUGAAGUGAUGAGAAAAGCUUUUGAUCAUUAUACAAUUUUCAUAAUAAUUUUGAUUUAUAGAAAAGUGAGAUAUAUCGCAAAUCUAAGAUGGAGACACGUUUUAACAACUCCAGGUGUCCAUGUUAAGUGAAGUAAAUAUAGUCAUUUAGAUCAAAUGUUUUAGCUUUAUUAGUUUUUCUUAUUGUGUGUGUAAAAGUGUCAAACUGAAUGAUGUAAAGGAAGAGAGUGACCAGCCUUUGAAAGGAGGGUAUUUAAUUCUUUAAUUGUAUUCAAAAAGCUAAAAGAUGCAUUUUUUGUAUUAAACAUCUUGUGUGCCCUCAGUAAAACACAUAAUAAGGUGUUACCUCUCUCUCAAACCUGAUCAGCUGCAUCUGCCAUUUUUGAGUGACAUUCUGUGUUGAGAUGUGGUUUGUUUUCAUAUUUCUGGGAUAUUUCUGUCGUCAGCCAGGCUGCUGUUUUGACUGUUUGUAUAUUUUAAUGAGCUCGAUAGAUGUGUGUUUGUGAAUAAAUUGGUGAAUAAAGGUGAUUAAAGUCAGUGUUAUCACCAUUAUGGCAACAGCAAUCUGAGUGAUGUUGUGGAAAAUGUAGAAGCUAAACCCAGCGCACUUUAAUGCUUCAGACUUUUCAGCUGUGGAGUAUACAGAAGAAGUACUGCAGCUAUCUAAACACAAAAGCAUGAUGGCAGUAAUUAUCUGAAACCAAUAAAAUGGCACGACAACACAGCAUGUGUAGCACACGCACACAAAUGCUGACAUUCGGUGUGAUGUCUUCAUCUCUUUGCCCAGCAGACUGCAGAGCAUUUAUUAGUGGAAGCUUUAAUAAUAGUCCUGCCAUCAUUGCCAUCCCAUCCAAACUGCUUCCAUGCUUCCUCUUUCUCUCAUGGUUUCGCAUGAAAUCCUCCUCCCACACCCACACACAGCUUGUCUGUGUCAUUUCGUUAGUCUAUCUUCUUCUUUAAUAAUUUCCACAGAAGCUCUGAAAAGGUCAAAUUCUGUCCAUUAUAAAUGUUUAUUUCUGCUGUAAAUCUAGUUAUUUUAAGAGAGGAGUCUGUGGGGAUUGAUUCAAAUGGCCACUAGAGGAAAUGCAGUUUUGGGCAUCACAGCACUGACCGCAUUUUUUAGCCCCAGAGAUUGCCUCUUCGCUCAAAAUAGAGUACUUGCGACUAUUCUGUUUCCUUUGCUACAUGACACCCAUUUUCCCGAAAUGCUGUACAGGGCUGUCUAGAGGAAAGACUGGAGGAAAUCUGGUGGAAAGAAGGCCUGUGAUUCACAAAUUCGAGUAAUGGAGCAUUUUGCAGGGAAAUCAUUCAGAUUUGACUUUAAACAAUUCUAAUCUAAAGCUGCAAAGUUACAAGUAGUUGCAGAUGAAGGAAUAUUUCUUCCCAACCCAAUAAAUAAAGCAACAUAAAAUGGAAUUCUUGAGUACAUGAAGUAUUUUUUAACGUUUUUUCUUUAAAUGUGAAACUAAUAAUAGAACAGGACGAGAGAAGGGAAAACAGUGUAUGCAAAAUAAACAAAAGACAGGUUAGUUGAAUGUGUGUGAUGUGUGAUUUGUAACUGGAUUGGCUACAUAUGUGUGUGAUAAAGAAAAAUGAAUUCAAAUGAAUAAUAAUUUUAACUUUAAUCAUCAUUAUUAUUAUCAUCCUCCUCCAUUGUUGUGAUCAUAACAACACCAACCUGAUCAUGUGUGUAUUAUCAUAUAAAUGGAUAUUUAUAUUUUGAAGUGAUAUAUUUAUGUAUGAGGUUCUAGAAAGUAUAUGAAAGUAAAGCUUAUAUAGAUAUUUUAUAUUGUAAAGAUAGAGGAAAAAGAAAAAACUGAAGUACAGCAUUUGAAAUGUAUUUUAUUAUACCACCUCUCUGUCAUCAUUGCCGGGCAGCAGCAGUAAUAAUAGAGGGAGCAGAGUCCUGUGCUGCACUGUUAUUAUCAGGCUCUAAAUACUCCAGGCAGUGUGUAUAUGUGUGUGUCCUUUAUAAUUACCAUUAUUUACAUUAGAAAUCAGAAACAUCUGGAUAAGAAGUAAGAACUACAACGACUUAAACUUACCAUUUGAAUAUGAGCCACAGUGUAUCACUCACACUAAUCAUUCAGACAUGUAAUUUGAGCAGUUCAGUGUCAGUACACAGCAAAUACUGAGCUGUUGAUUUGUCCUGGAUAUUAAGAUGGUUUAGGUUCAUUUACCGCCUUCAAUAAAGUGCCCGGCUCUGACAACAGGAAGUAACCCUUUGCUCUCUCACGCUUCAUUGCAACAGUUUGGAAACCACAGGCUGAUAAGCUGCAAAAUGAACAAUAACAGGGAGGCUAUGGAUAAAUUGAAACAGCGAUUACGUCUUUCCCUCCUAUUAAAUUCUGCAUUACAAAGUUUGACAAAUAAGAAUUAAAUGGGCGAAAUUUAAAGAUCGGAAUUUAAAAAAUCCUGUAACAAUAUUGAGCUUUGAACAAAAAAACCUGUUUAUUAUUUCUGACAUACUUGAGUCCUUAAAAGGACCAAAUCCAGAAUGAAAAGCAUGAGGAACAUGAACCUGCAGGCAUCAUUUUUGAGAAAAACAGUACAUUUUAACUUCAAAACCACCAAAAAGCUGCAUUCGCCCACUCACUCAUAAGAGAUGCGCUAACAACUAAGAACAGAAAACCACGGUUUGAACUUUAGUUUCAUUUAAGAGGAAAAACAGGAGGAGGUUUCAUUUUCGACCUAACUGGAGCACUUUUGCCUACUGAAGCUUCACUGCAUCUGGUUUCAGCAGUUUUAACUUCAGGACCAUGAGCUCAGUUUGGUGUCUGAAAAACAGGUGGGUGUAUAAAAAUGUGUUUCAUUCAGAUAAACUAAACUGUGGUGAUGCUAGAAAAGGAGCAAAUCAUGCAAAGUUUUAACUUUGUAUGAUUUUAAGAUUCUCUGUGUAAAGCUGACUUUGCUGAAUGGAAGUAUCCGUAUUAUCAUGUUUCGUCUCCAUAUAAUCUUUUAACACAAGAUAUACUCAAAUGUAGUGCGCAAGUUAUCUUUUGCAUGGAAUGUCCUGACUAUAAUAUGUGGCCAUGAGUGCACAUGUGCCCUAUAGUUGUUUGACCCCAUUUGCAAAGGCAAAUGAAAACCUCACAAAGACAACCUGUUUGUGUGUAAAUCAGUUUAUUUCAGUUAUCCAGGACAAACUAGAGCCAGACAAUGAUUAACACCCAGGUUUAACCUACAACAUUUGGUUAACUGUCGACAUUUAAAAAGGCAGAAGUGGAAAAUACCUUUGGGGAUUUUUCUAAUCUGGCUUUGGUUUGAUGUUAAAAGUUCAUGUGUUUUGACUAAACUCCAUUUACAAAGCUAUGCAGCGAAUCUGUGUUUUUCUA